AUGGGCUGUGUAAAUGGAGUUUCUUCUGAUAUGAAAAGUAAAAUAAAAAAGAUGCUAAAAAUUAUGAGCCUCUAUGAAGAAAAAAUUGAUUUCAUCAAUUAAAAAUUUCUCAAUGACUUACAAAGAAUGGUCAAUCCUGAUAACUAUUAUGUUGAUGAGCAAAUUAUUCUUGUUGUAGAAAAUAAAAUUGAGUGUGAAACUAUUUGCUCUUAAAUUGAAUGUAGUGUGUAAAGAGAGAAGAAUUUAAUCGAAGACUAUUAAAAAAUGAUUGCUGCAUAAAACUUAAAAAUAGAAUUCUUGGUUAACUAAGCAGUCUACUUAAUAGAAAAUAAUGAAAAUAUAUCAAACAAUAUGGAAUACCUCAUAUUAAAAUAAUACAUCUAAAAGUUCUAGCAAAAUGGAUUCUCAUUUAAAAUAAUCACAAUUUAAUAAAUUAACUAAAAGGAAUGCCAAUAAGUUAGCUUAGAUAAUAUUGGCACUUUUUGUGAAAGCGUUAUCAUUUAAUGA